AUGGAGAGCAAACCAGCAGUGAAUGGCCAUGCUGCCCCCAUCUCUCACCAGGAAGACAUGCCAGGAGCAAACCACUUGUGCCAGGACAUGUUGCCUUGCAAACAGAAAAAAGCAGCUGAUGGGGAUGUGACAGUGACAGAUGCUUCUAGUGAGCCCUCGGAGGCAGCUGGAAGCAUUGCUGGAGUGUAUGUAGAGGCUUCGAAGAAGAUAAUGAGCUUUUAUGAUGCCACCAGAGAACAUCUUCUGAGUUUGGAUUCGGCACUCUGUCUUCUCGAGGCCCAGGCAGCCACAGGCUUCAUCACUGACCCAGUGAAGAACAGGCAUGUCUCUGUAGCAGAAGCCGUGCAGCUGGGGCUGGUGGGGCUGGAGCUGAAGGAGAGGCUGCUUUCUGCAGAGAAAGCUGCUACUGGCUUUGUGGACCCCUACACAGAAGAGAAAAUCUCCCUCUACCAGGCGAUCCAGAAGGACCUGAUCGGGAGGGAGCAAGGUACUCGGCUGCUAGAGGCCCAGAUUGCAACCGGAGGCAUCAUUGACCCAGCCACUGGCUGCCGGCUCCCAGCAGAUGUUGCCUGUGAGAGGGGAUAUUUAGAUGAAGAGAUGAGACAGCUCCUCUCUGACCCCAGCAAUGAGGACAGCAAAGGGUUCCUCAACCCCAGUACUAUGGAGAGGGUCACUUAUAUGGAGCUUAUAAACAGGUGUGUUGUUGAUCCAGCCUCAGGCUUCCUCCUCUUGCCCUUGGAAAUCACAUUCCCAGGGCUGGGAGGGAGAGUGAGCAGCAGGGAUCUGCUGGACUCUGGCAUCAUCAGCCCUAACAUGUUCAGAGAUCUUGAGGAGGGAAGAAUUUCUGCCCAGGAGGUAGCAGAGAACGACUCCAUUCAGCAGUUCCUGCAUGGGACAAGGAGUGUGGCUGGUGUUGUCCUGCCUUCCAGUGAGCGGAAAAGCCUUUAUCAGGCACUGAGAGAGCAUCUCCUCGUGCCUGGUGCUGCUCUGAUGCUCCUGCAAGUCCAAGCCUCCACCGGCAGCCUGACAGACCCCAUAAAGAACAAAAGUUACUCAGUUGAUGAGGCUGUCAGGGUCGGUCUCAUCGGCCCAGAGCUUCAUGAGAAACUGUCUUCAGCUGAGAGGACCAUCACUGGAUACAGGGACCCCUACACUGGAGAAAUGCUGUCUCUGUUCCAAGCCAUCAGGAAGGGCUUUAUCCCCAAGGAUCAUGGCAUUUGCCUUCUGGAGGCUCAGAUGGCCACAGGGGGUAUAAUUGCUCCAGGUAGGCACCUCCGUGUCCCCACAGAGACAGCUUGCAAGUGGGGAUACCUGGACGAGGCCACAAGACAGCUCCUCUCCAGUACUACUGAUGACAUGAAAGGGUUCUUUGACCCCAACUCCAAGGAGAAGCUGAUCUACGCAGACCUGCUCAAGCGCUGUGUCACUGAUCCCAACACGGGGCUCCUUCUGCUGCCACUUAGUGGAGACAACAGAGGAGGAUCCAAGGGAACCCACCUCUUCUUUGACCAUAGGACCCAAACAGCUCUGGAAAACACACAGGUACCCAUUGCUUUAGGUAAAUUCAAGGGAAAGUCGGUAUCUCUCUGGAAACUCCUUUUUUCAGACUAUAUCCAGGGUGAGCGAAGAGCUGCUCUCAGCCAGCAGUACCUUGCAGGAACGCUCUCUAUGCAAGAAUUGGGUAAGGCAGUCAGUGCCACCAUUGAGGAAAUGGCUUCCACUGCUAAUGUCACCUUUGAAGGACUGAGGGACCGUGUAACAGCUGAUCAGCUCCUGAGCUCUGAAAUCAUCAACAAAGAUUUGUUUAAGAAACUGAAGGAGGGAGAAACAUCAGCCAAAGAAGUUGUCAGCAUGGACACUGUCAAGAAGUACCUGCAAGGGACAGGUAGCAUUGGUGGGCUCCUGCUUCCUGACUCCCAGGAGAAGAUCAGCAUCUACCAGGCAAAGCGGAAAGGACUUUUAAGGCCAGGAACGUCACUGAUCCUCCUGGAGGCACAGGCUGCUACUGGAUUUAUCAUUGACCCAGCUGCCAACAAAAGGUAUUCUGUGGAUGAGGCGUUAAGAGCGAACAUCAUUGGCCCAGAUGUUUAUGACAAGCUACUGACUGCAGAGAAAUCAGUCACUGGCUACAGAGAUCCUUACUCAGGGAACAAGAUCUCCCUCUUCCAGGCCAUGAAGAAGGAGCUCAUUGUCAAGGAGCAUGCUAUCCGCCUGCUCGAAGCCCAGAUCGCCACCGGCGGCAUCAUCGACCCCGUGCACAGCCACCGCAUCCCCGUGGAGGUGGCCUACCAGCGCGGCUACUUUGACAAGAAGAUGAACUUAAUCCUUUCUGAUCCCAGUGAUGACACCAAGGGCUUCUUCGACCCCAACACACAUGAGAACCUCACCUACAUGCAGCUGAAGGAGAAGUGCAUCACAGAGUCAUCCACUGGGCUCUGCCUCCUUCCUCUGAACACCCGCACCCACAUCACCUUGGAAGGCUUGCGGGGCAGUGUCCCUGCAGUCUGGCUGCUGGAUGCUGGCAUCAUUACUGAGAAGAUGUUUGAAGAAUUGGCUCAGGGCAUAAGAACUCCCGAGGAAGUGGCUGCAAUGGAGGGGGUGAGGAGGUACUUACAGGGCACAGGCAGCAUCGCUGGGAUAUUCAUAGAGGCGUCCAAAAAGAAGAUGAGCCUUUACAAUGCCAUGAAAAACAAUCUCCUCCUCCCUGGGGCUGCUCUGAAGCUGCUAGAAGCUCAGGCAGCUACAGGAUACCUAACUGACCCAGCAACAAACCAGAGACUCAGUGUGAGGGAUGCUGUGAAAGCAGCUGUUGUUGGUGAAGAGCUCACCGAGAAACUCCUUCUAGCUGAGAGGGCAGUGACUGGCUACACAGACCCCUACACGGGGAGCUCCAUCUCACUAUGCCAAGCGCUCAGGAAAGAGCUGAUUCCCCUGGGAGAUGCUGUUCCCUUGCUAGAGGCCCAGCUGGCCACAGGAGGGGUCAUUGAUCCCAUUCACCACCAUCACCUUCCACUCCAGGCUGCAUGCAGAUAUGGCUUCUACGAUGAGGACCUGAACCAAAUCCUCUCUCAGCUGAAUGACAGCACCAAAAUCUUUUUUGAUCCAAACACAAAGGAAAACGUGACCUACCAGCAGCUGAAGGACAGGUGCAUUCAUGAGGCUGAGUCAGGUCUCUGGCUCCUUCCUCUGUCAGAAAACGCGAUGUUCUGUGUGGAUGAACAAACCAUGGAGGUGCUGAAAUCUAUGACUGUUUGUGUCAACAUAGGGCGGUUCAAAGGACAGACAGUGUCAGUCUGGGACCUUCUCAACUCUGAAUACCUCUCAGACAGCAAGAGAAGAGAGCUAGUGCAAAAGUACAAAGAUGAGAAUACUGAAGUGCUACAUGAAAUCAUAACAAUUGUCACCACAGUCAUCAAAGAGACUGAGACACAAGGCAAGAAGUUUGCAUUCAAGGGCCUGCGGAAAAGAGUAUCCGCCAGUGACCUCUUCCAGUCUCAACUGAUAGACAAAAAAACCCUCGAUGAGCUCAACCAGGGGAAGAAAACAGUCAAAGAAGUCACUGAAAUGGAUUCUGUCCGCAGGUACCUGGAGGGCAGCAAUUUCAUAGCAGGGGUCCUUAUACAGCCAAGCAAUGAGAAGAUGAGCAUCUACCAGGCCAUGAGGAAGGGCAUCCUGAGGCCAGGGACAGCACUGGUGCUGCUGGAGGCACAGGCUGCCACUGGUUAUAUCAUUGACCCAGAGAAAAACAAGAAGUUUUCAGUGGAGGAAGCAUUAACUGCAGGUCUAAUUGGAGGGGAGAUUUUUGACAAGCUACUCUGUGCAGAAAGAGCUGUGACAGGCUACACCGACCCCUACACAAAAGCCCCAAUGUCCCUAUUUGAAGCUAUGAACCAAGGACUGAUUGUGAAGAGCCACGGCAUCCGCCUGCUUGAGGCCCAGAUUGCCACCGGCGGCAUCAUCGACACCCCCCGCCCCCCCGUGGAGGUGCCCUACCGGCGCGGCUACUUCAACCAGGAGAUGAACCAGAUCCUCUCGGACCCCACCGACGACACCAAGGGCUUCUUCGACCCCAACACCCAUGAGAACCUCACCUACAUGCAGCUCCUGGAGAGAUGUGUCCAAGAUUCAGAGACUGGGUUGUACAUGCUACAAGUUGUACAGGAAGGAGGAAAGUACUUCUACAUUGAUGAGUUUACAAAACAGGUUUUGCGCUCAAAGCCCCUUGAAGUGAAAGUUGGAAAGUUUAAGGACCAAACAGUUUCCAUCUGGGAAAUUCUCUGCUCUCAUUACAUCUCCGAGCAGAGAAGGAAAGAACUAGUGAUGCAGUACAAAUGCAAAACCCUCACACUGGAAGAUCUUAUAGCACUCAUCCUCAAAAUAAUUGAGGAUACAGAACAAAGAGCAGAAGCCCUCAAGGUUAAAGGACUCCGUGGGGAUGUGUCAAUAUCAGAAUUGUUUAACUCUGAGAUAAUUGACAAGAAAACUCUAGAUCAGCUGCAGGAUGGGAGUCUCAGGCUUGCCAGCCUCACAAAGAGGGACACCAUCCAAAGGUACUUGGAUGGCACUGGAUGCAUUGCCGGGGUUCUACUCCCAUCAAGGAAAGAGAAGAUGAGCAUCUACCAGGCCCUGAAGAAGGGCCUCCUCACAGAGCAAUGUGCACUGGGGUUGCUGGAGGCACAGGCUGCCACUGGUUUUCUCAUUGACCCACUGAAAAAUAAGAAGCUCACCGUGGAUGAGGCUGUCUCGUCUGGGCUGGUGGGUAGCAACUUGCACAAGAAACUCCUAUUGGCAGAGAAAGCUGUGACAGGAUACACAGAUCCUCAUGCAGGUAAUAAAAUAUCCCUUUUCCAGGCCAUAAGGCAAAAGAUAACAAUCAAGGAGCACGGCAUCCACCUCCUUGAGGCACAGCUCGCCACUGGCGGCAUCAUUGACCCCGUGCACAGCCACCGCCUCCCUGUGGAGGUGGCCUACCGGCGUGGCUACUUGGAUGAUGAUAUGUUUCUCCUACUUUCUGAUCCAGAUCAUGGUAGCAAAGGUUUUAUAGAUCCAAACACUCAUGAGAAAAUCAGUUACAGUCAGCUCCUACAGAGAUGUUCCAAAGACAGAGAUACUGGAUUAUACCUGCUGCAGAUCAUGGAAAAAGACGACGACUAUUUCUACAUUGAUGAGCAAACAAAAAAUGCCCUAUUAUCUACAAAGGUACAAAUGUCAGUUGGAAAAUUCAAAGGACAUGUAUUAUCACUGUGGGAACUUCUCUGCUCUGAGUACAUCACAGAAGAGAAAAGAAAAGAACUGGUGAAAAAAUAUAAAGACGAAUCCCAUCACAUUCUACAAGGAAUCAUUAAUACAAUACUAAAUAUCAUUAAAGAAAAAGAAAAGGACAGAAGUGAUGUCUGGUUCCAAGGACUCAGACAAAAAAUAACAGCAGCAGAACUUCUCAGUGCACAGAUAAUUACAGAAGAAACAAUGGAAAAACUCCAUGAAGGAAAAGAGACGGCACAAGAAAUAGAACAAAUGGAUAGUGUGAGAAGAUACCUUGAGGGAACUGGAAGCAUUGCCGGUGUGCUGGUGCCCUCCAAGGCCGACCCCGCCAAGAUGGAGAAGAUGAGCAUCUACCAGGCCAUGUGGAAGGGCAUCCUAAGACCAGGGACAGCACUGGUGCUGCUGGAGGCGCAGGCUGCCACCGGCUUCGUCGUUGACCCACUCGCCAACAAGAAGCUCUCCGUGGACGAGGCCGUCUCGUCCGGGCUGGUGGGCAGCGAGCUACAAAAAAAACUUCUUUGUGCAGAGAGAGCAGUAACAGGUUACACCCACCCCUGCACAGGACAAAAGAUGUCCCUCUUCCAGGCCAUGAAGAAG